AUGGCGGACCCCCCACAAUUGCGGAUAUCCUGCAGAAUGGUCUGCACCGACCAGUGGCUAGUCACGCACGUCGAUCCCUCGUGGCCUGUCUCUCAACUCAAGCAAAUUCUCGUCCAGAGGUUCUCAAGGGAGCGCAAAACCGUGGAGAAGAGUCGGCGUACCAUCCCUGUUUCUCCCCACAAGACCCGUCGGCGCUCUCUCUCGCCCAUCACAUUCGCUGCGCCCCGCAAACCUCGCCCGAUAGUAACGGAGAACACUCUCUCUGUUGCAAGUGAGGAGGGGCCGGAAGCAGCAGAGGAAACUGAAGAGCUUGACAGCGACGAAGAAGACGACGAGGUGGUGGACGUCAACAAGGCCUUGAGCGAGGCGCACCGCUACAAGUACAACACCCGGCCGUCAACUUCCUCGACAUCAGACGCCGUCUCCCGGCUCCCUCCUCCCGACAGUUCCGGUACGUCGCAAGAAGUCGAGGGGUGCGUUCUUAUCACCUUCUCCACGACCCAGAUCUUGGAAGACCGCUUCUCCCUUGACUGGUAUGACAUACACCCCGGCGAGCUGCUCGAGCUGCACCCGCUUGCCCACUCCUUCAUCUCCCUGCCACGAUUCUCGCUGGACGCAUACAUUGCACCGUACUUUGCGGCGCGAGUGUGGGCUCUACGCGUCGUCGGAAAUGCCUUGGACUCCACUCUCCGGGAUCUUGGAGUCCCACGCGAUCAUCAGACCGACGAUGAGAUCCCGGACGUCAGCCCGAGAUCCCCAUUGCUGCGCGACAAGAAGAAGAAAAUCACGCUUGAAUGGAAGGAGAGGUGGGCGGUUGUACAUCAGGGUAUCUUCUCCCUGUGCAAGGAGCGACAUACACGCCCCGACGUCAUGCGAAUCCUCCUUUCUUCCCGAGCGCGCGCCCUCGCGAUCCGCACCAUCACCAAUCGUCUUCAAUACCCGAACAUCGUCGCCCUUCUCUCCGUCAGACCUCCCCACUCCAGGACCCUCUUCGUCAUAUACCUUUCCACCUACAACUUCUUCGUCUCCUGCCAAGCCAUCAUUUUCCUCGCAGCCGCCACAUGA